CCUCCCCCCGCUCCCCACCAUGGCUCCUUUUGGAUCCCACCCUACCCCACCAUGCGCCCCCCUGGCCCCACUCGUCUGACUCUACCCCCUACCUUCCCGUCCCGGCCUCGCCUGGUCACCGCCGCGCCCAAACCCAAUCCCCUAAACCCUAGCGCCGCCGCCGCCAUGCUGCGCCGCCUCGCCGCCGUCGCCCCGCGGGCCUUCUCCUCCUCCUCCUCCCCGCACGCGCCGCCUGCGGCGGCGUCGGGCUACACCCCGCGCCGCGAGUACGGGCUGGUGCCCAUGGUGAUCGAGCACACCUCCCGCGGGGAGCGCGCCUACGACAUCUUCUCCCGCCUGCUCAAGGAGCGCAUCGUCUGCAUCCACGGCCCCAUCUCCGACGACACGGCCUCGCUCGUCGUCGCGCAGUUGCUCUUCCUCGAGUCCGAGAACCCCGCCAAGCCCGUCCACCUCUACAUCAAUUCCCCCGGCGGGGUCGUCACCGCGGGCCUCGCCAUCUACGACACCAUGCAGUACAUCCGCUCCCCCGUCACCACGCUCUGCAUCGGCCAGGCGGCCUCCAUGGCCUCGCUCCUCCUCGCCGCGGGGGCGCGCGGGGAGAGGCGGGCGCUGCCGAACGCGCGGGUCAUGAUCCACCAGCCCUCCGGCGGCGCGUCGGGGCAGGCCUCCGACAUCGCCAUCCACGCCAAGGAGAUCCUCAAGGUGCGGGACCGGCUCAACAAGAUCUACGCAAAGCACACGGGACAGGCCAUCGACCGCAUCGAGCAGUGCAUGGAGCGGGACAUGUUCAUGGACCCGGAGGAGGCGCACGAUUGGGGGCUCAUCGACGAGGUCAUCGAGCACCGCCCUGUCUCGCUUGUGUCUGAUGCUGUUGGCGGUGAUCCGCCGAACCUCGGUGGAGGCGGAAAUGGGGAGAAUAAGGGAGCGGAGGAGCCAUCAUCGGCGUGAUGGAUUGUCACAAGGAAUAUCUGAGCACCCAACUAGAUGUUCAAUUCGAUUGAUGAUUUAUGCCUAGAGUUCCAGAUGGAUGAUGUGUGCUUGAUUCUGGUCUUGUGAGCUGGAGAUUUUAAUGGGAGUUUUCAGCGGUCAAUAUAACAUAAAAGCUGAAUCCUGACCACUGAUAGGAAGCAUAGUACAUUUUAAAUCUGCCAUUUCUGAUUCUGUUUUGAGCGCCAGGGCCUACAUUACUGCUUGCUGCUUUGUUGUUCCUGAGCACCUAGUCUGAACAAUCUUUUCCUUUUUUAGCCUCUAAUGCUUUGAUUUCUGAAUCUGUACUUUGUUUUGACAUUCAUCACGCAACCCAAAAAUUGAGUGCAUCGCUUGUUUGUGUUGCUUC